AUGCCGCUCACCAAGGACGUCGUCAAGUUUGGCUCCUUUGUCGUCACCAACCAGGUCUUCCACCUAACACGCCUGUCCUUUGCCAUAGUCAACCUCAAGCCACUACUGCCCGGCCAUGUCUUGGUUUCGCCGCGUCGGGUCGUGCCACGUUUCAACGAUCUAUCCGCUGCCGAAGUGCAAGACCUCUUCCUGACUGUACAACGCGUAUCCCGCAUGGUGGAGCGAGUCUUCAGUGCCUCGUCUCUCAACAUCGCCAUACAGGAUGGCGUCGAUGCAGGCCAGAGCGUGCCUCACGUUCAUGCACACAUCAUUCCUCGCAAGAAGGACGACCUAGAAGAGAAGGGCGGCACAGACGCUAUAUACGCCAUGAUGGAGAGCGAGGACGCAGACCUCAGUAAGCAGCUAGCCAACAAGGAGAGGGCAGCCGGGGCAGGUCUCGCUGAAGAAGAGAGAAAGAGUCGCUUUCCUGCUGUGGACAACGAUAGCCGCAAGCCCAGGAGCGACGACGAGAUGCAGAAAGAGGCCGAAUGGCUGGCAGAGGAGAUGGCCCGCGACGAACAAACCGCAGGGACUGCAUAA